ACACGCAGUCACUAGUCAAGAGGUGGGAGAGAACAGGGUGCAUGCUCCAGAUGGAUGGGUGAUCGGACCGGAGGAACAACCGCACCUAAACGUGAUGGUGUUUUCCCCAGUCGGAACGGUGUUUUGGAAGUCCGUCUGCAUGGAGGGGAGGGAGAAGGAUUCGAAAGCGUACUUCAACUUGCUGGACGGGGUGAUCCAGGAGAUCGGUGCGGGGUCCAUUGUCAGUGUUGUGAUGGACAAUGCGAGGGUUUGCGCUAAAGCGGGGAAGAUGGUGGAGGCCAAGUACCCUGGUAUUUUUAGUGUGGGCUGCACAGCGCAUGCCUUGGAUCUGGCCCUGGAGGACAUGUACAAGUGCAUGGACUGGAUGAAAGCGAUCGUCGACAAGGGCAACCAAGUUGGCAAGUUCUUCACCAACGUCGACAAGGUCCGUGCGAUGUACAACAGGAUUGCGAAUGCGCAACUCAAGCGUCCGGCGGUCACAAGAUUCGCGACUAACUUUGAGAUGCUUCAGUCGCUGAAGACGGGGAGGAAUCCAUUGGAGCUCUGUGUCUGCAACGCGGCGUGGCUGGAGAAGUUGGUGAGAGGGGAGCACGUGCCGGCAUUCAACGCCGUCACCCACAUCAUCAUGGACACGAACGGAUUUUGGAAGGAUGUCGAUAAGGCCAUGGCGGUGAUGGAGCCAGUUGUCAAGCUCCUUCGUUUGGUGGACGGUCCCGGAGCAACUAUGAGCAAAGUUUACUUCGGCAUGGACGCUGUUGUGGCGAAAAUGCGCACCUUGGAGUGUCUGUCGGAGGCUGAGAGGGCGGAUGUGGAGAAGAUUUUGAUGGACCGGUGGGCCUUUAUGACAUCGGAGCUGCAUUGCGCAACCGCCUUCCUCGACCCCGAGUACAGGACGCACACCUUGCGAGACACGGAGAUUCGCGAGGGGCUCAACAUUUGGCUUUACUCUUGGGCGCUGCCGGAGUUGCUGCAGAACGAUAUCAGCAGACAGGUGGACACAUGGGUGCAGGGACUGGGCACUUUGGGGACACAGAACGCAAGGGAUCAGGCGAGUAAGAAGACUCCGACGCUAUGGUGGGAGGCGUUCGGGGGGUCCUUGGACCUCCUCCAACCGCAGGCUAUCAAACUCCUUGGGCAGGCGAGCUCAUCGGCUGAGUGCGAGCGAAACUGGAGCUUGCACCAGCUCAUUUACGGCCAGCGCCGCACGAAGCUCAUGCCGGAGAGAUUGAGCAAGCUUGUGUACAACAAUUGGAAUAUCCAAUUCGCGACGCGGAGAGAGCGAGGGGACGGGGAAGACUUCCACAUUUCGUGGAAGGACGACCAGCUGGCGAGAGUGGAAGUGGAUGAGUGGUACGACCAAUGGGCCGCACAGAUCAGGGAAGGGACAGCCGGCGACGCUGGUGCAGCGGAGGUCUGCAUAGACGAAUCCGACGAUGCCCCGCUAGAGCACACAUGGCUGCACAACAACGACGAGGAUAACUUUGCAGAUGACGAGGACGACAUUGCCGCACUCGGUGCGCUGGAGAGAACAUGGCAUGCCAACACGAAGCCCAGGAAACACCAAGUACGAGAAUUGCGCAGGAAGUCCGGUGUUGAAGAGUCUGAUCCCGCGUUCGUGUACACCUUGGAGGGCCGUGACCGUGCCUUGAAGGCGCGCCAAACCGGCGAUUGGGUGGACAGGAGGGAGGCAAUAUCGGGUCGCGGGCGACGCAAGAAGAAGGCAACAGUUCCGAACGUUGCUGAAGAACAGCCGGUUCACAAACGGAAGAGGAAGGUUGCGGAGGUUGGAUGCACCACCGAAAAAGAAGAUAGGGCGGCCUCCGCUUUCACCCUCGAAGAAGGCUGCAAAAGCAGCAGCACGUGCAGAAGCCGCAAAGGCUGCAGCAGCCGAGGCAGCACGGCCUGCGAAGAGGAGAACGGCUGAGGUGAUCAAAGACGACGAAGAAAUCCGCGUCGUAGCCGGAAAAAAGCAGUCUUUUUCGUCCUCAUCAUCAGCGUCCGAAGA